UAGGCUGUAACUAGAAUGUUUUUUUUUAUGAAUGAAAUUAUGUGAAAUUAGUCAUUCAUAGGCAUUUCAAAUAACUAAUUACUAGUUAAGUGGAAAAAACAAAAAAUAUUGAUUCCACAUAUUCCUAUGAGAUGAAUGAGAAAAAAAAAAUCAUUCAUGAUAAAAAGAAGAGGAAUGAAAAGAAUGGAUGGAAUAAAAUAAUUUGAAUAUAGUUUAAAAAAACAAAUACAUAUAUCAUUUUUUUAAUUUCUGAAAUUAUCACUAUUCCAUUUCAUUUUAUUCUAUUUAUUUCAUACAUUCCUAGAUCAAGUUUCCAGUUACAGCCUUAAUCUCGUCUAAGUUUGAAACUAGCCGUUACUAAUACCUUAUGACAAAAGCAUCAUUCCCAUUGAAACUCGAAUUAGGGUCACAAUAGAACUAAUUCAUUGGACUAAACUAGUAAACCAAUGCACCUUUGGUUAUUAAUAUAUAUUUCGAUUUAUACUUUUCCAUGGUAAAAUAUAAAAGUGUUCUUAAAUCAUUCAAAGAACAAAGCCCUUCAAUAUCUCCCAUACAUUUCUAAACAAAUCUCUUUCUUAUACCUAACCUCUCCUUCUUUCAUGCUUCUCUCUUUUCUCUCGUCCAUACAUUUUCAAUACAUAUACGCGAGUUUGCUUCCAAUAAUCAUAUUUUCGCAUUCCCCCACACACACAUAAAAGAACCGUUUGAAUUUUGUUGUUGUUGCAUUGAUCGGAAUAGAGAGACAUGGGUCGGGUGAAACUAGAGAUAAAGCGAAUAGAGAACAACACGAAUCGCCAAGUUACGUUCUCUAAACGACGAAAUGGUUUGAUAAAGAAAGCUUAUGAAUUGUCUAUUCUUUGCGACAUUGAUAUUGCUCUCCUCAUGUUUUCUCCUUCUGAUCGUCUUAGCCUCUUUUCCGGCAAAACAAGGGUUGAAGAUGUUUUCACAAGAUUUAUCAAUCUUCCUGACCAAGAACGAGAGAAUGCUCUAACAUUUACCGAUCAGAGCCGUCGCCCAGAUUUCCAAAGCAAAGAGUAUCUACUGCGGACUUUGCAGCAACUCAAGACCGAGAAUGACAUUGCUCUUCAACUCACCAACCCUUCGGCUAUCAACUCGGACGUCCAGGAGCUUGAGCAAGAAGUUUAUAGACUACAACAACAACUGCAUAUGGCAGAGGAAGAACUAAGGAAGUACGAACCAGAUCCAAGCAGGUUUACAACAAUGGAGGAGUACGAAGCCUCUGAGAAGCAGCUCAUUGAGACCUUAACACAUGUGACUCAACGACGGGAACAUAUAUUGAGUGACCAGUUAUCUUCAUACGAAACAUCAGCUAUGCAACACCAAAACAUGGGUGGACCUUUUGUAAAUGACGUCGCUGGAGGCUGGCUGGCUGAAAAUGGGCCUAUUCAAACCCAAUUAUUCGACGCAUCAGCCAAUUCAGCUAUUUAUGAAACGUUGUUGCAAGGAAGUAGUUCAAGCUCGAACCAAAACAACAACAUGAGUGAAUGUAACGUGACCAAUCAUAAUGGUGACAUGUUCCAAGAAUGGGCCCAAGCUUAUACUUCUACUACGGGCCUCAAUCCGUCGGCCUUGUUUCCCCCUAUGCAGCAUCAGCAUGGAGUGGUGAAUCCCAAUAUAAAGGAAAGUGAUAUACCGGUUAUAACGAGGGAGGCACCAGCAGACCACGAAGUCUCCGACUAUGAUAUCAGAAUGCCGCAGCUCAGUAGCCAAUAAUCUCCAAGAGAUUUCAAUUUACCAAUAAAUUAUUUACGUAUUUAUACGAUUAUAUAUAUAAUAAGAUUAUACUUUGCUUUGCCCUGGAGGCCAUGACUGAAAACUUUUUUUUUUUCGUAAAUGCUGAAACUUGUUUUCUCUCAUUUGUAUAUAAAUAUUUCAUGAAAAAAACAGUUUUUUGUGCGACUCAUGAAAUAGCGUUUAAUCGUAUUUGUUUAUUAUUUACGUAAAAUCGUAUGAAAGGAGAAAAAUAAUGAAUUAGAUUUUUUUAGUUUAACUUUAAGAGUGAAUUAUUAUUUGGCUUUUUUUUUUGAAUUAGUAUUUGGCUAUUUCACUCGAUGAUUUAUCUUCCUCGCGUUGUUGGCAAACUUUUGAAAGUUAUUUCAAUGACACAUAAAAAAUCAAUUACGGGUUCAUUUUGGUAAGAAAUCCAAUCAUUAUCUCCACAUUUUCUUUUCCUUGCUUAUAUCUCACACUAUAAGAAAAAUCUUGACUUCCUUUUGGAAGAUAAAGAAACAAUGUAUUUCACUUUGGGAAUAUUAAUAAGAAUAUGGUUCAGUCCAUAAGUAGUUUAUUAAUUUCUGUUAUUGUACUCCUAAUUUAAGUCUACAAAUGAUAAUGAUAUAUAAUCAUUGUCAUAUAUUUAUUUGGUAUAUGCAACUAUUAUUCACUGGCAUUACAUGUUACGAAUUGACCAAAAAAGAUAGUGUAACGAGCUAUUCCCCAUAACAAAUUUUAUUUUAACGAAUGCUUACAACAAUUUUUAUGUGGCAUGUAGAUAUAUAAAAGAAUAGUGAGAAAAUAAUAAAAUAUAAAAUAUGAUGUAAAUGAAUAUUUUUUUGGGGAUUUAGUCAACAUUUCAUGUUUCUAGUUUUGAAAAAUUGUUUAUAUAUGUCUAUUCUUUUUUUUUGAGCAACAUAUAUGUCUAUUCAAUUCUGAAAUUUUCUGUAAACAUAAUAACUAAAUAUAUUAGUGGUAUAUUUGUAAUAUAUUAUAUUUAUAACUUAUUUUUUAUUUUCUUUGAGAUAUAUAAUUAUCUAUUUAAACUAUGUAUGCCACAUCAGCACUAUGAAUUUAGACUUUUUUACUUUUAAUUUAAUAUAUAAGGGGAAUCGUUCUCUCAAUCAGGACAAUUGUUAACCAUGUCUUUUCGAGGCGAUAGAAUCGAUGAUGAAACGCCUCUCUUCUGGAGUCCGGAAUAUAUUUUCGAGUUACCGGAACCAUGUCUUCCAUUAAGGGUAUACUUCUUCUUUGCCUCUCAUGGUUAGAUUUCUUAUAUCAUUCAUUGUCAUUUAUGAUAUAACUGUUGGAUAUAAGUGAUCUACAGGAUAGCCUGCAAAAAGUAUUUGAAUUGCAAACUGAAAAAACUUAUGAAGUAUGUUAAGUAUUGUAUUAGACUGGAUUUGGCCAUGUCUCUGUCUAUACAAUAAAUGAAACUAGCCCUUAGUGUUCCUUCAACAGUCAGAUCUAAUCCCAAAUCUAAACACCACAAAAUCCACUUUGGCUAGGAUAAAAAUUUGCUUUUCUGGAAUCAUUUAUCGCUUCUUCUUCUUUUAGUUUCUGGAUGUAACUAUACCUUUAUUUUUCAGAGAUGGUAUCCAAAUUUUUUUUAAAAAAGAUAUAUAAAUCAAAGUAGAUAAUGAUACUUGGCUAAUAAUUCUCUUUUUGGGGUAUAUUAUGUCAGCAGCCACAAAAUCACCAACACCAAGCCCUUCAUGGACAACAACAAGGCAUUUCGCAUGAGUCUUGGUUACGAGGAAAUCUAGUAAAUGUGCGUUCAAGGGUACGACAAUUUUUCUUCAGUCAACCCAUGCUAAGUUCGGAAGAUCCGAGCCUUUUUACAAUGAACCAAAUAGGGAUGGGUCAACGAAUCGGACAAGGAAAUGGAGUUGAACACCCAACUAUGUCUUAUUUUCAUGAGUUUCCAAAUCAUCUUCAAGAGUAAAUUCUUUAAUUGAUUACAGAACAUUUUAAUUUCUUAUUAUGUAAUAUAAUAACUAAAAAUAUUAAUUGAUGCAGGAUACAAGAAGUAAGUUCUGAUGCAUUUGGUUCACUGUUUCCUCAACGCUUCCAUCGUUUUUCAGAUGAUAACCUUCCAGUUAUCACCACAAACACAACAGCAACUUCUCUAAACAGAGUAGGUCACAUUAAUUGUAUUUUAUUUUAUUCUGUUAAGAACAAUUAUUUUAAUUUAGGCAUCGAUAGACCAACAUAAAUGUCUUAAAAUUAUUGGAAAAAAUGUCUUAAAAUUAAUAUUCUAGUUAACUAACUCAUUGGUUCAUCUGCCGCAGCAACAACAGUGUCUUUGUGCUCAUACUCUUUCAACUAGGUACGUUAUGAAAUAUAACUCCAUGUUAAUUUAACAUACAAAUUUACUAAUUGUCUUCCAUCUGAAUGGUUUAGAGAGCCUCUGUUAAGCAACCGAAAUCAUAAUUAUUAUGAUUUGAAUCAAACAGAGCAUUCAAGUCACAUAGGCCCGAGCAAUCUCAUUCCAAAUGGGUACUAACACUCGAAUGUUACAUAAUUAUAUGCCUCAUCAGACGUAUGUCCCAAUCACUUCGGCUUUUACCAUAAAUGGACAGCAACUGCCCCCAUCGGUUUUAGCCAUUCGGCGUAAUGAAGCUCACAAUCUAAGGACGGUUAACAAUUCAGCUAGGUAAAAUCAUUUCUCUUUGUCUGUCAUAUAUUUUUUUUUCUUUUUAUGACACAUGAGAAAACUAAUUGGUUUUCAUGUUCCUGACUUCUAUGUUUCAAAACUCCAAAUUUAUAUUUUGGAUCUCAUUU